AUGAACCGUCCAGCCCCUGUGGAGAUCUCCUAUGAGAACAUGCGUUUUCUGAUAACCCACAACCCUACCAAUGCUACCCUCAACAAGUUCACAGAGGAACUUAAGAAGUAUGGAGUGACAACUUUGGUUCGAGUUUGUGAUGCUACAUAUGAUAAAGCACCAGUUGAAAAAGAAGGAAUCCACGUUCUAGAUUGGCCUUUUGACGAUGGAGCACCACCCCCUAAUCAGAUAGUAGAUGAUUGGCUAAACCUACUAAAAACCAAAUUUCGUGAAGAACCAGGUUGCUGUGUUGCAGUGCAUUGUGUUGCAGGAUUGGGAAGGGCACCUGUACUAGUUGCACUUGCUUUGAUUGAAUGUGGAAUGAAGUACGAAGAUGCAGUUCAGUUUAUAAGACAAAAAAGAAGGGGAGCAUUCAAUUCCAAACAGCUGCUUUACCUGGAGAAAUACCGACCUAAGAUGCGAUUACGCUUCAGAGAUACCAACGGGCAUUGCUGUGUUCAGUAA